GCCGUGUACGGUUGAUUAGAAAAAACAAAAGACGACAAAAGAGAAAAACCGUCACAACAAGCAAAACUUUGCCCCAGCAUCAGUAAUUGGAGAGAGACAGAGAGAAAAAGAGAGAGAGAGAAGUGGUCAACGUAAAGAGCGUAGCAAUCGCACAAAAAAAGACUGUCGUCGACGAUUCCGCCAGUAGUACCGUGUGGUUUGCUUGGCUGCGCUUGUCGAGGAAGGAACGACUCCAGGUUCUGGCGCCUCCCAACCUUGUGCAGCAAGGCACAUGAACGUCGCCGGUCUGCCAUUCCCCACCAUCGCUCCUUUGCAACAUCUACCUGUCGCAUCUCCCAACUAAACCUUACCAUCACCCACGGAAAGUGCCGCUCAUGAUGGAAAUCUUAGACGCUGGCAGCAGACAAGCUGUCGGCCUCCCCUCAAUCAACCACAUGGAUGCUGAGAGAGUCAAGCGCGAGGAGGCCGAGUACCAAAGAAAACACUCGGCCCCAGCUAUGCCCAGCCCGCUGCAUCCUUACACUGGGCCAUCGCAUGCACACAGCAACCCCCAGUCUUCUGUCCCCAGCACAGUGCCUGGCUCGCUCGGAGGCUUGCUGUCUCCUCCCGAAUCGCGCAGGAUGUCUGGCGAUGACAAGGACUCACAGCGAGCGCCCGCCCGCCAGUCAUUGCCAUCCAUCCACGAAGCUCUGGGAUCGGAGCAGCCGCUCUCAUAUCCAGCUACAGUGCCCCCGCCCUCUUCGAUAACAUCAGCCCCCCAGCAUUACCAUUCAUCCUCUGCAGCUCCUUCACCGGCCGAGCAACGUCCACGAAACUACCCACCAGAUCUCCAGCACCCCAGCCAAGGGCCACCUAGCUCUCUGACCCACCCAAGGAGUCCAUACAUCGCCUCCUCAGCGUCACAAACAGGCCCUCCACCACCCGCACCAGCUCCAACAGACUCCCUUCCUCGCCCGCCCUUCUCGGAUCCAAGGCCGCCGUAUCCAAAUCCUCAACACAAUCCGAAGCUACCUUCGCUUCAUCCUCUCAAAACUGCACCUGCCUCGCCUCCAAGCGCCCCACAUCCCAGCAUCUCUUAUUCUUCGUAUCCUCCACCAGUUUCGAAACCCUACGAGAGCCCGGCUCCUCGGUCAGCACCGCCAAUCAGCCAGCAUCACCCAUACUCGCAAUAUCCCCCCAGCUAUGCCGUGUCAGCUUCGUCUACCAGCGCACCAAAUCCUACAUAUCCCCCAGCAACAUCCACCUACUCUGCCCCGCCUCGCUAUGUGCAUCAAGCAUGGCAAGAUAGCGCUGAAAUGGCUCGUCUGGAAGAAAAGAAGAUUGGUCGUUCGAGUCUGGCUCCGUACGGCGAGUCCGUCAAGCGUCAUUUGGAGAGCUUCGAUAUCGAGGCCUCACUCAACGAGAUGGCUGACGGAUCAGGACGCAUUGCAGAGUUCUCAAAAAUCUACCGCCAACGGGCACACGAUAACCAACGCAUUGGCAUGACACCACAGUCAAUGCCGAGGUUGGAAGAAGUUGACGAGAUGCUAAAGCAAAGCGAAAGGAUUCAGAUGUCUCUUCAACGCAUGCGAGAUGUUGUUUUCAACCACCACCAAGCAAGCCUUGUGGAAACCCCACAAGAUCCCCGGUAUAGGCCCAUCAACGGCUACGACGACGGUGGAAGCGGUUAUGGCGAUGACAACAAGGGCAUGGGUGGCUUUACUGGUGGCGACAACAAGACCAGGAAACGAGGUCGUGCUGCUCCACCCGGGCGAUGCCAUAGCUGCAAUCGUGCUGAGACACCCGAGUGGCGGAGAGGGCCAGACGGUGCCCGAACCUUGUGCAAUGCUUGUGGCCUGCACUACGCCAAGUUGACUCGCAAAAUGGGCGGAAAGCAAGCUAUGACUAGCUCCAACCUACGACCUAAGCCCAUAGAGCAUAGUUCACCGACGAUAUGAUCAACGCCUUGUCCUGGACACACGAAGCACAAUCUUCACUAAUUCUAUACCCAUGGUCGUCCAUCACCGACCAGCAUCUGUCUAUAUUGACGCUCUCCAGCGACUCAACGAUAGUAGC